CCGAACCCCAGCUCCUAGCGGGAGAAUCUGCCGUGCUGCAGCCCCGCGCUGCGCCUCACUUACACCUCGAGGAGGCUGUUUUGGGAGUGGACAAAGAGCAGCCGACACUAAAGACUGGGAUCCCCUCGAAUACCUCGCCCAUCUAGCCGUGUCCAGAGUCGGCGUACAGAUGGCCCGUAGCAGGGUGGGAUUCGCCCAAGAAUAGAAGUCGCUGAUAGUAACCGCCAGCCGUUCCACAGCAGAGGUGGUUCCUUGGUUUCAGUGCCGAGAGAGAAGUGUUUGUGGCAUCCAUAUAAGGCAUCGAUCCCCAGCAUGGUUCAAGUCCGGGGGAAGCCACUUGAAAAGACGCAUGCAUCCUGCUCACCUUGCGAAUGUCGACAUCAUUACCUCGCACCUAUUUCCCUUUUCAACGUGUUUUAAGUCCAUCCCUCCAGGAUGCCCAAUACCGCAGCCUUCCCCAGCGCUCGAGACGCCAACACACGAACUGAGUAUGUCAAGGAUACCGCAUCUCCUUCCAUGAGCACCUCUGUGGUAUGGAUCGUGGCGUCAGUUGUGGGCGGCAUCAUCGGCGUUGGAGUCUCGUUUACCUUCCUCAUGAUGUACUACACAAGACGCCGCCAAUACAGGAGAUACCAAGAGCUCCACCCAUACCUGAGCCGCGACGAGAUUAUCAAGAGGCAGAAAAUGAACAGGGUCGACCUGUUUCUCGAGGAGGAGGAGCGCAGGAGGCAGAUGAUCCGCAAGUCCCUGGCGGCGCGGUCCACCGACUCGUCCGGAAGCAGCUUGUCGGCCAUGAUGGACCAAGCCAAUCGGGAACUGAGGGAGCUGGAGCGACAGGAGUCGACGAGGUUAAAGGAGGAUUGGAAGAGGUGGGAAGCCCAGGUGCGGCACGAACGAUCCAUGUCGGCCGGCCAACAUCCAGCGGCGAGUGCAGCCAGCCAAGUGCCCAUCCUGGCCAUCCCCUCGCCAGCGAAGCAUCGCCGGAUGCCAUCCAUGAGCCCAAACUCGAGCGCACCAGUGCCGCCACGCCAUCCCGGUAGGCGCUCGGCGAGCUGAACAGAACCCUGAGGGCAACGGUGAAGAGGCUGCUUAUACGACACAGCGCUUGCUUGAUGGACCACGGUUGGAAGGCCGAAAAGGCCAUACAUUGAGGAUGAGAGAAGACGCCUGGUUGGAUGUGGGCAAGCCCAUUCGUGGUUGGCGUGCACCGAACGACUGAGCAGAGCCUCUCAAACCUCUGGCGGCGGACCUGUGGGCAAGUCCUGGGAAGCUCAUUUUCAUCUUAGACGUGUCGGCUCGGAAAAGGCUAGCAAGAAGCGAGACAAGGCAGGGGCUCGUCGGCGUCGGGGCAGCAUUGGCUUCGAGAUAGGAGGCGCAAUUCUCACAUUGCUGGGCCCAGAGUGUUUUCUUUUGUCGGUUCGGUUAGUUUGAUACCCUGAGCAUUGACGAGCGAAGCGGACGAGAUCGGUCAGAUACAGGCCCUGUACAUGUCUGAGUCGAGUGUAGGAGCUCUGAGAGCG